AUGGUGGCUUACGAAUUCUGUUUAAUAGCUCUGAAGUUCCUUACACUUCGGGUAAGUUUCUCGACAUUCUGUCCGCCAUGGGAUGCCAUUCCCUCCCUGCCAUGGGAUGACAUUCCCUCCCUGCCAUGGGAUGCCAUUCCCUCCCUGCCAUGUGAUGCCAUUCCGUCCCUGCCAUGGGAUGCCAUUCCCUCCCUGCCAUGGGAUGCCAUUCCCUCCCUGCCAUGGAAUGCCAUUCCCUCCCCGCCAUGGGAUGCCAUUCCCUCCCUGCCAUGGGAUGCCAUUCCCUCCCUGCCAUGGGAUGCCAUUCCCUCCCUGCCAUGGAAUGCCAUUCCCUCCCUGCCAUGGGAUGCCAUUCCCUCCCUGUCACGGGAUGCCACUCCCUCCCUGCCAUGGGAUGCCAUUCCCUCCCUGCCACAGGAUGCCAUUCCCUCCCUGCCAGGGGAUGCCAUUCCAUCCCUGCCAUGGGAUGCCAUUCCCUCCCUGCCAUGGGAUGCCAUUCCCUCCCCGCCAUGGGAUGCCAUUCCCUCCCUGCCAUGGGAUGCCCCUCCCUGCCAUGGGAUGCCCCUCCCUGCCAUGGGAUGCCCCUCCCUGCCAUGGGAUGCCCCUCCCUGCUUUGUCCAGCAAAUGGCCGACAAGAACCAUCCCAACAUCGUGCGGCUGCUCGGGUUUGCUGUUGGAGGGGACAUGAGGACACGGCCAGAGCAGAUCUUGAUCUACGAGUUUGUUCCAAACGGCGACCUUGGCCACUAUCUUAAGAAUGGUGCGUUCCAGCUUCGGUGUGCUCAUGCUUGUGGUGCUCACCGGCCGCAGCCCACGAUCUACAGACGGUGGGAAGAGCAAUCACAUCCUGCAAUGGGUGGAGGCGUGCCUUUACUCAGCACAGCACGGGCGCCUCAGAUGAUGCGGUGUCAUGCAGCACGUGCGUGCAUGCCCAUGUCCACCAAUCAGGUGAAAGCAUGCAUCUCCUCAGACACCUGUCCCUUCCUCAAGGAUCUCGGCAUGGACGCCCCAGAUGAUGUUGCACUGCGCCUGGCCCAGCUGGCUCUGCGCUGCACUGUGCAGCGCACUGCAAGCCGGCCCAGCAUGGCAGACGUUGCCAACGAGCUGCAGGGAAUCAGGCACGAGGUGGUGGGGAAGGAGGAGCUCAGUGCAGCGAUCAAGGUGGAUGAGCAAGCAGAGGAGAUGAGCACCGGGACGUCUUUUCCCAGUGACUUGGCUGAGCAGCUGCGAUUGAUUAGGAGAGAUGAGCGGUGGGACAUCUUUUCCCAGUGA